AUGUUGAGGUCAACAUUGACGAGAUCGGCUCUAAGAAGCAGCAGACAGAGUUUCUGUGCUGCAAGAACAUUCGCGACUACAAAUAGAAGACAGGCAGAGGUUACUCUUACUGUUGAUGGCAAACAAGUUUCUAUAGAAGCUGGUUCUGCUUUGAUUCAAGCAUAUAUUGCUAUCAUGAGUAAGUCGACACGAUGCGCAUAUCACAAACGAACCCUACUGAUCCGAAUCUUCCACUACAGAAAACUUAUGAUAGCAGGAAAUUGUCGUAUGUGUCUAGUUGAAGUCGAGAGAGCACCGAAACCAGUGGCAUCAUGUGCAUGGCCGGUACAGCCCGGUAUGGUCGUCAAGACCAGUUCGCCCCUCACACACAAAGCCCGAGAAGGAGUUAUGGAAUUUUUAUUGGCCAACCACCCGUUAGAUUGUCCUAUUUGCGAUCAAGGAGGAGAGUGUGAUUUGCAAGAUCAAUCUAUGAGAUAUGGAAGCGACCGUGGUCGAUUCCACGAAAUUGGUGGCAAACGUGCCACCGAGGACAAAAAUAUUGGACCCCUCAUCAAGACUUCGAUGAACAGAUGUAUUCAAUGUACAAGAUGUAUUCGAUUCGCAAACGACGUUGCUGGUGCACCGGAACUUGGAUCUACUGGACGAGGAAACGAUUUGCAAAUUGGAACAUACCUUGAAAGGAAUCUGGAUACCGAGAUGUCGGGAAAUAUUAUAGAUUUGUGCCCGGUUGGAGCUCUCACAUCAAAACCAUACGCUUUCAGAGCGAGGCCAUGGGAACUGAAACACUCCGAGUCUAUUGAUGUAUUGGAUGGUUUGGGAUCAAAUAUUCGAGUCGACUCCAGAGGCCUCGAGGUUAUGCGAAUUCUCCCUAGAUUAAACGACGAUGUCAACGAGGAAUGGAUCAACGAUAAGACCCGAUUUGCUUGUGAUGGAUUAAAGACACAAAGACUUACAACCCCACUGAUCAAGAAGGAUGGCAAAUUCCUCCCAGCCAGUUGGGAGCAAGCUUUGGUUGAGAUUGGUGCUGCAUACAAGGAUUUCGCACCAAAGGGCAACGAAUUCAAGGCUAUUGCUGGAGAAUUGAUUGAGACUGAAUCAAUGGUUGCUAUGAAGGACCUAGCUAACAAGCUUGGUUCCGACAACUUGGCUCUUGAUCAACCUUCUGGAAAUGCCCCAAUGCCCCACGGUAUUGACGUGCGUUCGAAUUAUCUGUUCAACUCCAAGAUUUGGGGUGUAGAGGAAGCUGAUGCUAUUUUGAUUGUUGGAAGCAAUACCCGACAUGAAGCUGCCGGUCUUAACGCUCGUAUUCGCAAACAAUGGUUGCGUUCUGACCUUGAGAUUGGUGUCGUCGGCGAGCCAUGGGAAUCAACUUUCGAAUUCGAGCACCUCGGUACUGAUGCGGCCUCCUUGAAGAAGACCCUUGCCGGACCUUUCGGUAAGAAGCUUGCAGCGGCCAAGAAACCAAUGAUUAUCGUUGGUUCGGGUGUUACUGAUCACGCUGAUGCUAAUGCUAUGUACGAGACGGUCGGUACCUUCGUUGAUAAACAUGCCUCAAACUUCUUGACCGAGGAGUGGAACGGAUUCAACAUCCUUCAACGUGCUGCUUCAAGAGCUGGUGCUUUUGAAAUUGGCUUCACAACACCUUCCCGAGCAGUUGCCGAGACAAAGCCUAAAUUCGUUUGGUUACUAGGCGCCGAUGAAUUUAACGCUGCUGAUAUCCCCAAGGACGCCUUUGUUGUCUAUCAAGGUCACCAUGGUGAUCGUGGAGCUCAAAUAGCCGACGUUGUUCUUCCAGGUGCCGCAUAUACCGAGAAGGCAGGAACUUACGUCAAUACUGAAGGACGUGUACAAAUGACCCGUGCCGCCACGUCAUUACCAGGUGCUGCACGAACUGACUGGAAGAUCAUCCGAGCAGUCAGUGAGUUCUUAGGAGCUCCAUUACCAUAUGACGAUGUCGCCGCUCUCCGUGAUCGUAUGGCCGAAAUCAGUCCUUCGUUAGCAAGCUAUGAUGUCGUUGAACCGGUUGCCUUGAGACAAUUGAGCAAGGUACAAUUAGUAGACCAGAACAAGGGCAGCAAAACAAUGGGUGCGCCUUUGAAGAAGGUUAUCGAUAACUUUUACUUUACAGAUGUCAUAUCAAGAAGUUCCCCAACAAUGGCCAGGUGCUCAGCAGCAAAGGAGACGGGUAACCCCCAAACUAAUUUCCUGGCUCCAGGUUACUCGACUGAGCAUCCUCGUGGACGCGUGGCUUAUGGACCUUGA